UCCUCCUCCUCCUCCGCUGCAGCUCAUGGAGGAUCCGUCUGUCCGCAGCCCGUAGAGAGACACCAGCCGGGGGGACACCAACUGAAGACAAGCCGCAGACAUGAGCUUUUUCUCCGGAGGCGGAGCGGCGCUGCUGCUGCUGCUGCUCGGCCGCUGCUGCUGCACCAGUCCCGGCAGGAGAGUGUGUCAGGGGAUGAGUAACCAGCUGACGUUGUUGGGGACUCGUGAAAAUCACUACGACAACAUGGUGAGGAUGUACUCCAACUGCUCCGUCGUCAUGGAGAACCUGGAGGUCACCUACGCUCUGGAGCACCAGGACCUGUCCUUCCUCCAGUCUAUACAGGAAGUCAGUGGCUACGUCCUGAUCGCCAUGAACGAAGCCGCGACCAUCCCGUUGGUCAAUCUGAGGCUGAUCCGAGGCCAGAACCUCUACGAAGGCCAGUACGCUCUGCUGGUCAUGUCCAACUACAACAGGAACCUCUCGUCUGCAACGCUCAACUACACCAGCGGCCUGAGACAGCUGCAGCUCAGCAGUCUGACCGAGGUCCUGAAAGGAGGGGUGAAGAUGACCCACAAUCCUUUGCUGUGUAACACUGAGACCAUCCAGUGGUGGGACAUCCUGGACAAAAACAGCAAUCCCAUGAUGCUUUUCAAGAUGGACACAUUUGCCCGUCAAUGUGAGAAGUGUGACCCGGGGUGUGUUAACGGUUCGUGUUGGGCGGCAGGACCGGAUCACUGUCAGAGAUUCACUAAGUUGCAGUGUGCGGAGCAGUGCAGCGGGAGGUGUCGGGGGCCCAAACCCAUCGACUGCUGUAACGAACACUGUGCUGCCGGCUGCACUGGACCUCGAGCCACCGACUGCCUGGCCUGCAGGGACUUUAAUGACGACGGGACCUGUAAAGAUACUUGUCCUCCGCUGAAACUCUACGACCCCAAAACUCACCAGGUGGUCAACAACCCCAACGCCAAGUUCACCUUCGGGGCGACCUGCGUCAAGGCCUGCCCACAUAACUACGUGGUGACGGACGGCUCGUGUGUACGAACCUGCGGCGCCGGAAUGUACGAGGUGGAGGAGAACGGAGUCCAACGCUGCAAAGCUUGUGAUGGACCCUGUCCCAAAGCCUGUGACGGAGUCGGGGUCGGCUCUCUGAUCAAAACCAUGGCAGUGAACGCCUCCAACAUCGAAUCCUUCAGGAACUGCACUAAAAUCAACGGGGACAUCUCGCUCAUUGAAACCUCGUUCACCGGGGACGCACACUAUAAAAUCCCGCCCAUGGCCCCGGAGAAGCUGGAGUACUUCAGGACAGUGAGGGAGAUCACCGGGUUCCUGCUGAUCCAGUCCUGGCCAGAGAAUCUGACCUCGCUGUCGGUGUUCGAGAACCUGGAGAUCAUCCGAGGGAGAACGACGCGCUCUCUCCACAGUUUGGCGGUGGUGAGAGCGAAGCACCUCCGCUGGCUGGGUCUGCGCUCUCUGAAGGAGGUGAGCGCUGGGAAGGUGAUGCUGAAGGACAACCCUCAGCUCUGCUACGCCCAACGCGAGCAGUGGCUCCGCCUCUUCCGAUCCACCGACCAGACCAUCAGCAUACGCAACAACGCUCCCGCCGACGACUGCGAACAGCAGAAUCGAACCUGUGACGAGCAGUGUACAGCCGGGGGCUGCUGGGGUCCAGGUCCGACCAUGUGUGUCUCCUGUCGCCACUUUGACCGUAGGGGGCGCUGUGUGCCGUUCUGUCACCUGCUGCAGGGUGAGCCCAGAGAGGUUGAGGUGAACAGCAGCUGCGUCGAGUGUCACCCAGAGUGUCUGAUGAAGACCGGGAUCCCGACCUGCCGCGGGCCGGGUCCGGACCAGUGUUCCCAGUGCGCCCAUUUUAAAGACGGCCCUCACUGCGUGUGGCGCUGCCCCCACGGUGUGCCGGGAGACGGAGACACGCUGAUCUGGAAAUACCCCGACAGCACGGGCCAGUGCCAGUCCUGCCACCAGAACUGCACCCAGGGGUGUUCAGGUCCUGGACUGUCUGGAUGCACUGGGGCUGCCACACACUCCACGUUGGCGGCGGGUGUGGUUGGCGGGCUCUUGGUCGCCGUCAUCGUGUCGUUGGUCAUCUUUGUGUUGCUACGGCGACGGCGAAUCAGGAGGAAGAGGACACUGCGGCGACUGCUGCAGGAGAGAGAGCUGGUGGAGCCGCUGACUCCGAGCGGUGAAGCUCCUAACCAGGCGCUGCUGAGGAUCCUGAAGGAGACGGAGUUUAAGAAGGUCCGGGUGCUCGGCUCCGGGGCCUUUGGGACCGUCUUCAAGGGUCUGUGGAUCCCUGAGGGAGAGAACGUGAAGAUCCCAGUAGCCAUCAAAGUUCUCAGAGAGGCCACAUCACCUAAAGCCAACCAAGAAAUCCUGGAUGAGGCGUAUGUAAUGGCGAGCGUGGAUCACCCUCACGUGUGUCGUCUGCUGGGAAUCUGCCUGACGUCGUCGGUCCAGCUGGUGACUCAGCUGAUGCCGUACGGCUGCUUGCUGGACUACGUCCGGCACCACAGGGACCACGUCGGCGCCCAGUGGCUGCUGAACUGGUGUGUCCAGAUCGCCAAGGGGAUGAGCUACCUGGAGGAUCGGCACCUGGUGCAUCGAGACCUGGCGGCGAGGAACGUCCUGGUGAAAACUCCUAACCACGUCAAGAUCACAGACUUCGGCCUCGCCAAGCUGCUGACAGCUGAUGAGAAGGAGUAUCACGCUGACGGAGGAAAGGUUCCCAUUAAGUGGAUGGCGUUGGAGUCGAUCCUCCAGUGGACGUACACACAUCAGAGUGACGUCUGGAGCUACGGUGUGACGGUGUGGGAGCUGAUGACGUUCGGCUCCAAGCCGUACGACGGUAUCCCGGCCAGUGAGAUCGCCUCGGUGCUGGAGAGAGGAGACCGGCUGCCUCAGCCGCCCAUCUGCACCAUCGACGUCUAUAUGAUCAUGGUCAAAUGUUGGAUGAUCGAGCCGUCCAGUCGCCCCCGGUUCAGAGAGCUGAUAGUGGAGUUCUCUAAAAUGGCCAGAGACCCGUCCAGAUACCUGGUCAUACAGGGUGACCUUCCCAGUCCGUCAGACAGCAGGUUUUACUCUCGCCUGCUGAGCUCAGACGACACGGAGGGCGUGGUCGACGUUGAAGAAUACCUGCUCCCUUACAAAGUAGUGGGUACCCAUGACAACCAUCCCUGCAAUGCCACGAACGGUCAUCCAGUCAGAGAGAACAGCAUCGCUCUGCGAUACAUCACUGACCCAACUCACAACGCCCUGGAUAAGGAAGACUUCCCCAGCCAUGAGUACAUGAACCAGAGUGUGAGUGACACCAGCCGGAGCAGCAGACUGUCUGAGGUUUUGAAUCCCAACUAUGAGGACCUCAGCCUGAGCUGGGGCGCCGCCUCACUUUCCUUCCCACAGGCGGAUCUGAAGCCCUCAAGCCGAGUUCCCGAGGGACCAGAAUACCUGAACACCGCCCAAAACUCACUUCCCCUGCCCAUCGGCGACAGCCUCGACAACCCCGACUACCAGGCUGACUUCCUGCCCCAGGCCACCACAGCUACUUCUUUAAGCGGUAACGGUGUGUUCCUCCCGGCAGCAGAGAACCUGGAGUACCUGGGUCUGGGAGCUGCACUGCACGCACCUGUCCGCUAGAGGGCAGCAACCUUCAGACAUGCAAACUGGAGCUGUGGCCUCCUUUGAUUCAGGCUGCUGACAGUAUUUAAUUUAGCUUUUUGAACUGUUAAUUUGUUCAGGAAAACGCUGACUCAUCACAUUCUGCAGCUACACUGGAACUGAACCUGCACACCAUGUGUUGCUCAAUGGCACUGUGACAGCUGUUAGUGAGGAAGCCCAGAGCCAGACUCUUUCAAAACCGACAACCUUCUGCUCACAAACCGGACGUUUCCUUCAACUUUUAAGUUGCUGCAUGAACUUGUUGGGGGAACACCACGGAAACCAAACAGCUGUCGAGACGCAACUUUCUAAACAAAACCCACAGAAACGCCGUUCUCCACAACGCUGUCGUUAACCUCUCCAGCUGGGACCGAGGCCUCUGGGAGCGACGCUGCUGGAGGAUCCAGACACAAACGGAGGGGCGUAAAAACACAUUAAAUCCCUGUUGUUUUCAUCUCUCCUCUGCAUCCUUCCCUCAGUUUGUGCAUGAGCAGGUUUGUUGAUACUGAAAACAGGAGCUUGAUGGAAAUAAAAUGAGGACGUUGUUUUAAGUUAAACGUUCAGAGGUUUAAAAAUGUGCAGGAAGUUUUUUUGCAAUUAGCAUUUUAUAAUUAUAAUUAUCACAGAAAAAACAACAUGAUCUCCAACUCAUAAUUCACAUGUAAGAAUAGUUUUGAUAAUAAUAAAGAGUGCAUCAGGAGUGCAGUGGCGCCCCCUGCUGGUGGCGUGGAGGCUCUGCAGCACAUCCUCCAGAUCUCUACAGCUCCACAGCAACAGCUGGAGUUACGUUUUUAAACUUCUGUGCCACAGAUUCAUUUUGCUGUUGCCAUGACAAAAAAACAUUUGCUCAGUUUCUUGAUAUAACAAGUUCCAAGUUUGAAAGUGUUUAGCAUGUUUAAUCAGUAUAUAAACAUUUAACAAAAGGUUUGAACACACGAUGAUGUUGUUGUAAGCAGCUUGUUUAAGUAUCUAAUGUUUAAGUAUUUCUUAAUGUUCACUCUUUGUUUAAUCUCUCAGACAUUUUCUAUUAUUACAGCUGUUUGUUUAUACAGCAGCUUCCUCCUGUGGGUGUCUACAGGAGUCAGGGCUGUUAACAACUGCAUUAAUAGACUCUUAGAUCUGCUUACAGCUACAUUAGUGUUAUAAACGAGCCUAUGUAUUAAGUAUUAUGUUACUUAUAAAUGCUAAAUACGUUCACGUUUUUCUAGUAAUUAGACGCCAAAUGAUUCAGUUUUAAACGAGAACAUCACAUCACUCUAUCUUGUUAAAUCAUGAAAUGAGCGAUACAUUACCAAUCAAACAUUUGGCAAUAAUUUUAAUUGAAAACUCCGUUUCUUUCGUGCUUUUGUCGUGUACAUAGAAGGAGGCGAGUUUCCAUCCACUGACUAGAGACUGACUGGAGGGAUUGAGGGAGGGAUGGAUGGAUGGAGGGAGGGAUGGAUGCACUCUGGAAUAAUGGUGUAAAGAUGAAUCUUCCUGUUCACGUGGUGAAUGAUUAACAUACUGAAAAGAAACAAGUGUUUUUAUGAAAGAAGGUUUAGUAAAGUUUGUCGUCAGUUAAAUAACAAAAAAUCUAAAGUCAGAUCAGUGAAAACCUUCUGUUUUUUCAUGACUUGAAAUAGUUAAUUAAGCUUAAUUUUGUUUGUUUUUUUAAACGUGGAGCAGUUUUGAUGAAUUUUUACUGAGGUCUGAAAAUGUUUUUUAUUCUCCCCUUUACUUGACGAGAAUGAGCCAAACCCUGAUUUACUGUUACUGGUCACUGUUCACUAUUCCUGCUUGUUACUGCUAUAAGUGCAAAUGUACGGAAGCUGAGGGCUGCUGAUGAUUAUUCUCCUGGAUAUUAAUUAUUCAUCUCAUUCUCUAAAGAUAACAAAUCAUGCCUUUAUGUAAGGAAGAGUGAAUCUCUGCUGUUUCUCUAAAAAGCUCUUUCUGCAACGCUCAGUAAUUAUUGAUCUACGUCAUGAUUCUGAGGCAACAGUUCGUCCUGAUCUCAUAUAUAAGCAACACAAACACAGACUCAGUUUUCUUGAGAACAUGAGCUUUUAAAUCUUAAUGAUGAACCAAUGAGUCUAAAAUAUAAAUGAUCAAUGUCGCCACCACUCAGCUUCCGUAGAAAUGCCACUGACGAGUCACACUGAAUGUAAAUGUUUUAUUGUGUAGCAUUUUAGCUUUAAUUGUUGUAAAAUGUGAAAUGAGUUGUGGAGCUCCACAUCGUGGUUGUUUACAGGGUACAGCUGACCUGCCAACAUGGCCGCCAUCUUGUUGGAUAAACAUUAAAGUUGUAGUUUCCA